CCUUUCCUCGCGCAGUACUUUUCAGUUCCCCGAUUCUCGGCAGCACGCAUCACUUCUCAGUCAUGGAGGGAAUGAGUAUGGCCAUGAUAAGUACCUCAGGGACGGCAACCCCUACGGCCACUGUGCUGGCAACAGCUGCGGGCCUCACUUCAACCAUUCCUGAAGCCUUGCAAAGUGACAUCAUGCCGCCGACCGACAUGCAAAUGCAGGGAAUGUCAUCCUUCAUUCACUUUGGCCUUGGAGAUCCCUUCUUCGCCCGCCUUCUCACGCCGACACAUGCUUCCGGAUAUGUGGCAGUCAUGUUGUUCCUGAUGAUGUUGAGUUUCGGCCAGCGGCUUCUGAUGGUCGUCGAGACAAAGGCCGCCCAAAACUUGCACCACGCUCGGCCUGCAGAUGACGAGGGACAGGUAUCAAAGAGUGGUAGUUGGGUUGAAAUAGCGGAGGAUGUGCAGCCGAGCGGCCGAUUCAUGUCACGGUUCAUCGUUCGUGCUCUCCUCAAAAGUGGUCUAAAGGUGUUGGAUGCGGCCCUUGGCUUCCUGGUUAUGCUCGCAGUGAUGACCCUUAACGCUGGGUACAUGAUCGCGUUGUUGGUUGGAAUAUUUCUGGGAGAGUUCCUGUCCAGCUGGGCUCACCGAAACGGCACCUCUUAG